AUGGCGUCGAAUCCGACGAAGCCGGCCACGAAUCGGCCCCAGCGGCGCGUGACGGUGGGCCAGAUCCUGUCGAUGCCGCCCAAAUGGCUGAGCAUGUACGACGACUUCAUCACCAAAAACGCUGGCCAGGUGUCGCAGAUUGAGAGCGCGCUGAGAAGCCUCACAUACAUCAUUCCCGGCCGCUUUCGCGAUGCCGAGAUUGCAUCCGAGUCCAUUCACUCAGGCGUCCAGCUUCUGUCUCUCUACCACGAUGGCAUCCUCUCACAGGCAGUCUCCAAGCUGCCGACGCCGCCGAUCCGAUCGGCACAUGCGCGCUACACGCGGUACUGGACGCAGAAGAGCAAGACGUACCGCCGGAUAGCCAUGGUGCUGCAGAUGGUCGUCUACACCGAGCUGCUGUGCGAGAUGAGCGCCAAGCGGCGCGGCGGCGAGAAGAGCCGGUGGAACGUGAUUGUCCUGCUGGAGGGCAUCAAGGCCUUUUGCCGCCUCAUCCUGCUGCGCGUCACGCGGUCGCGUCCGCUGGUGACGCCGGUGCUGCCGGAGCGAGAGCCGAUCCCCGAGGACGAGGCCGAGGACGACGAUUUGGUGACGGCGAGGAGCGAGAGCGAGCUGAUGGACGAGACAUCGCCCAACGGGUCGGCGAUCCUUCUCAGCAACCCGCAGAAGUCUGCGUACGAGAAGGAGUGGACGAUGCCGAGGACGGGCAUGAGUCUCCCCUCGCUGCCUAACCCGGGGGACAUCAGCACCUACCUGCUGGGCCGGGUCCUGACGGCCGACGACAUCAAGCCGGCCAACAAGCUGCUGAACCAGCUCCAGGGCGGCGGCCAGUUUGCCGAGAUGCUGCACAUCCUGACGCCGCUCAUUUACGCCGUGGCGCUCGCCCGCACGCGCAACAAGAAGUCGUGGACGCCGUGGCUGGUGGGCGUGGCGGUCGAGUACGCGGCGAGGCAGCUCCGGCAGCGCAGCCUGCGGACGUCUGCGCUGGAGCGUGACGAGUGGAACAAGCGCGGCUGGGCGAUGAUCUGGUGGGCGAUGCGCGGGGCGUUUUACGAGAACGUGACAAAGGGGGCGGUGAAUGGGAUGACGAGGAGGAUGCCGGGCUUUAUUGCGGGCAUUUUGGAGGAUUAUGAGUAUCUGUGGGAGAAUUACUAUUUCAGCACGAGUGCUUGA